GCCAAGCUCUCUUCGGUGGGCAGCAUCUCCGAGGAGGAGACCUGUGAGAAGCUGAAGGGGCUGAUCCAGCGGCAAGUCCAGAUGUGCAAGAGGAACCUGGAAGUCAUGGACUCGGUGCGCCGGGGGGCGCAGCUGGCCAUCGAGGAGUGCCAGUUCCAGUUCCGUAACCGCCGGUGGAACUGCUCCACCUUGGAGAGCCUGCCGGUCUUUGGCAAGGUGGUCACGCAAGGGACACGAGAAGCUGCCUUCGUCUAUGCCAUCUCCUCCGCUGGCGUCGCCUUCGCCGUGACCAGGGCGUGCAGCAGUGGAGAACUGGAGAAGUGCGGCUGUGAUCACACGGUGCACGGCGUCAGCCCUCAGGGUUUCCAGUGGUCCGGCUGCUCCGACAACAUCGCUUACGGCGUCGCGUUCUCCCAGUCGUUUGUGGAUGUGCGGGAGAGAAGCAAGGGGGCCUCUUCCAGCCGAGCCCUCAUGAACCUCCAUAACAACGAAGCUGGGCGAAAGGCCAUCCUGAACCACAUGAGGGUGGAGUGCAAGUGCCACGGCGUGUCGGGCUCGUGCGAGGUCAAGACGUGCUGGAAAGCCAUGCCCCCCUUCCGCAAAGUGGGCCACGUGCUGAAGGAGAAGUUCGACGGGGCCACCGAGGUGGAGCAGCGGAAGAUCGGCUCCGCCAAGGUGCUGGUCCCCAAGAACUCCCAGUUCAAGCCGCACACGGACGAGGACCUGGUGUACCUGGAUUCCAGCCCCGAUUUCUGCGACCACGACCUCCGGAACGGCGUGCUGGGCACCCAGGGGAGGUCUUGCAACAAGACCUCCAAGGCCAUCGACGGCUGCGAGCUCAUGUGCUGCGGCCGGGGGUUCCACACGGACGAAGUUCAAGUGGUGGAGCGCUGCAGCUGCAAGUUCCAUUGGUGCUGUUUUGUCAAAUGUAAACAGUGCCACCGGCUGGUGGAAAUGCACACGUGUCGGUGACCGGGGAGGAAAGCCAGCCAGCCAGCCAUGGAAACUUCUGGGACACGGUCUUGGGCCCCCUGACCGAAAAGGGUCGCCAAGAAGGGAACAGAGA